UUAUGUACGAAAAAAAAAAAUUAGCAUUUUAACUGUAAACAUCAACAGUUAUAACGACCAUCCCAAUAAUUUAUGUUUCAAUUUUCGAAAAGUAAUUCGAAUUUCUUCAAUAAAUCAUGUUUAAAAAAAUAAUCAAAAUAAUAUUCAUGAUGAUUAAAUCUGGUUAUAUUCACUCGAGAUGAUUAUAUACUUUGUCGCGAAUAUGUUGUUCUCAAGGAAUUCUUAUCGAUCCGAUUUUGAUUCUAUCGUCACUGAGAAUCGAUCGAAUUAAAUCAAGUGAAAAUUAAAAUUCUAAAUAUCGAUUAAUUACGAUGAUUACAAUCGAAAUUGGCAGCUAUUUUUGGACGUUGGUUGUGUAUACAUCUUCAUUGUUAAUAUCGUUGAUAUUUAUCAUAAUUUGUUGUGUUUGUAAUCCUAAAUCAAAACGUUUCAAUAAACAUAAAAGUUUCAUCUUAUCACAUGAAUUUCUUGCUGAAAAUGAUGACCAAAUAGUUGAUCAAAAUGGUCGAAAUAAUCAGGAUUUGACAUCUACAACUCGUGUAAUCACUAAUCAAGAUGAUAUGAUAAGCAUAGUGAAACAUAUAUCAUUAAAUCGCGCCUUACCAGACAUUCCACAGACAACUAAAUCGGAUAACGAUCACAUACAGCCAUCAGUUCUGUCAGCUAAUUCUUCCGUCAUUGAAAUCAAUGCUGAUGCUGAUCCAGUUUAUACAUCAGCAGAUAAUAAUAAUAUCACCAUUGAUAAUAAAAAUGAAGAUAAUAUUCAAAAUCAUGCUUACGCACGUAUUCGAAAUCUGAUAACCGAUUCUUCAACAGAAAAUGAUACCGAUGAUUAUUCCGAUCCGAGUGUAAUUGUACAGAAUGCCAAUCCAUAUCCAUCACCUAAUCAUUCCCAUCAACAUCAUCAUCAGUUAGUUGAUCCUGAUAAUGAUAGUUAUGAGCAUCCUAUUUCACCAUCCGAACGAAUGAUUAGGUCUGAAAAUGUUGUUGUUGAAUCUGUUGUUGAAAUGUUGAAUAAUCAAAUCGAACCGAAACGGGAAAUUUCAUACAAUACCAUUUCUGUUCGAGAACCAUUAGCUAAAGUAUUGGCUGAAAGAGAAAAUAAUAAUAAUGUUGAACAUCACUAUAAUGAAGUUGAAGAUGAUUCAGAGAGAUUGUCAUCAUUCUAUGAAGAAAUCAAUGGAGGUGGUUCAGCUACUUAUUCAAAAAUUAGUGAACCACCAUUAAUAUCAGCAUCAUCGAUUGCUCAAAAUAAUUGUCAGCCUUCAACGUCAUCAUCAUAUCAUCAACAACAGACACAACAAAAACCUAACGAAAUUAGCAUGAUGAUCAAUGAUUCAGCAAACAAUUUGCCUUUAUAUGCAUUUGUCGAUAAAAAGAGUAAAAAACUUGGUAAUAAUGAUUUAAAUCCUGUUAGUACAUCGAUAACUGGAGCCGAUGUUUUUGACAAUCUCUAUACAAAAGUAAUGAAACCAAAAAAAGAGACAUCAUCGGCAAAUAAAUCGUUACAACGGUAUUCACCACCACCACCAUUACCUCCACCAUUGAAUAAAGAUCAAACAAAAGUUCAACAACGAAAUACAAUCAUAUUCAUUGGUGCAACAUCGACUACCACGAUGUCAACACCAUCAGCACAAAUCACAAUAAGUGAUGAAAGAGAUCCAGGAUAUGAAACAGUAUACAAAGAAAUCAAUCAAAAUAUUAUUAGUGAUGAUCAUCAGGAUCAAAUUGAUUAUGGUUAUGAAGCAAUUGCCAAUGAUCCUGCAUAUGAAAUUGUUUCAACAGCAAUGGAGAAUGGUUAUGAAACUAUACAGAAUAAUUAUCAUAAUGAUGAAUUAAUCGAUCAAGGUGAUGAUCAAUCGGAUCCUAAUUAUGAAAUUAUUUCAAAUAUAAAAUCAACGACAACAACAUCAACAACAACAACAAUGACAAACAAUACGACAACAACCACAUUUAAUGAAAUGCAUUUGUAG